AUGGCAGCCACCAGUGAUACACCCCCAGAUGGAGGCUUGAAGGCCUGGCUAUCUGUACUGGCCGGCUUCUUCGUCAUCAUGAACAGCUGGUAUGUAUACCCAAGUGUAUCAUUCCUCAUUCAAUCCGCUGACAAGCAUACCAGGGGAAUCAUCAUAUCCUUCGGCAUCUUCCAAACAUACUACGUCUCAACCCUUCAUCUUCCCCCCUCUGACAUCUCGUGGAUCGGAUCUCUCGCCGUUUUCUUGCUCUUCUUCGGCGGCAUCAUCAGUGGCCGCCUCACGGAUGCUGGCUAUUUCCGCACCACCACAACGCUCGGCGCAUUUCUCAUUGUCUUUGGGUGUUUCAUGACGUCUUUAUGCACAACAUACUGGCAGCUGGUGCUGGCCCAAGGAGUUUGCAUUGGCAUUGGCAACGGAUGCUUGCUCACACCCAUGAUGACCGUCGUCUCGACAUACUUUGGACGCAGGUUACCGCUUGCCAUGGGGAUUGCCGCGUGUGGAAGUGUUGUGGGGGGUCUCGUAUACACUGGUAUGGCGAGGACAUUGCUACCUACUAUUGGUUUUGGGUGGACUUUGAGGGCCAUUGGGUUCAUUCAACUGGGCACGUUGACGCUGGCGAUGGUGGUGGUGCGACCGAGACAGUUACCGCCGAAGGGCGAGAAGACACUGCCAGUGGUGGAUUUCACUGCUUUCAGAGAGCCCGCGUUCAGUCUGUUUUCAUUCAUGGGCGUUUUCUUCGGGUUCUUUUACCUCGCUUCAUACGCCCGGGACAUAAACGGGAUGAGUUACACAGAGUCCCUAAACCUGUUGCUCGCCCUCAACGGAAUUGGUUUCGCAGGACGUCUCCUGCCGACCCCCCUCGCCAAACUCUUCGGUACUCUCAACACCUUCAUCGCACUCAUUCUCGCCUCGGCGUUGGCCAUGUAUACGUGGAUCGCUGUGAAUUCGACCGCCGGACUGUACGGUUGGACUGCCUUGUACAGCAUUGCUGUGGGCGGCGUUCAGUCCUUGAUGCCGGCGGCGGUAGCCGUGUUGAACUCGGAUCUGUGCAACGUGGGAUCACGUCUGGGAAUUGUUUUUGGUGCUAUUGGCAUUGGGUCUCUGAUCGGUUCGCCGAUAGCUGGUGGGCUCAUUACUGCUGGAGGUGGAUCCUAUGUCGGGGCACAAGCCUUCUCAGGGAGUGCCCUCGCUACAGGUGCGUUACUCAUCCUCUUGGCGAGGGAAAUCAUGAGAAAAAAGACACGUGCAAGUUUUUGGUCCAAAUUGUAG